CCCCUGAACCUGGUUGCAGUGAGGAACCCAGUCUCUCCCAUUCCGGUGCCCCUCGCCUUCUCCCGGCCCCCUGCCGCUGCUGCAACUCACCCCACAAUCCCGGAUAUAAGUCCUGCCCCUUUAAGAGGAAAAAAAUCUUCCCCCGCCUGCCUUCCACCCUACCCAUCCACAAGGACCUUUGUCUCCCCACCCCCUCUGUCAGUCGGCCCCGCCCCACAUCCCCGCCCCCUCCAACGCAGAGGAACCAAUGGAUGAAGAAAAUAAGGCCGGGGUCUGACGUCAGCAUGUCCAGCCAAUCACAGGGCGCGUUGGUGGGAGGCCUCGCGGAGGGCGCGCCCGGAGGAAGGAAGGCAGGAGAAAGGAAGCUUAAAGUCAAGAUGGAGACUGCUAGUGACUCUGCCACUGCUGUGGUGAACAGGGACUUGGGAUCCCAGAGGGUCCGGAGCCUGGUGCCUGAGCGGCUUCAGAGUCGAGAACAUGAGCGGCAACUGGAGGUGGAAAGGCGGAAGCAAAAGCGGCAGAACCAGGAGGUGGAGGAGGAGAAGAGCGACUUUUUCGCCGCCGCCUUCUCUCGGGAGCGAUCGGCCGUGGAAGAGCUUCUGGAAGGCGGGGAGUCCGUCGAGCAGCUGGAGGAGGCGGCCGCUCGGCUCCAGGGGCUGCAGAAACUACUCAACGACUCGGUUUUGUUCCUGGCCGCCUACGACUUGCGGCAGGGACAAGAGGUGUUGGCGCGGCUGCAGGAGGCCCUGGCCAAGCGGCGCCAGGAGCUGCAGCCUAAGAAGCGUUUCGCUUUCAAGACCCGCAGGAAGGAUGCUGCUUCAGCCACCAAAGUAGAUUCGGCUCCCGGCGCCCCGGCAGCGGAAGGCAUCCUGGCCUCCCCGCCGCCCUUGAAGGAGGAGGAAGACUUCGGCUCCAGCUGGAUCUGCGGCUUCUCCAAUCUGCAGUCCCAAGUCUUGGAGAAGAGAGCCGAGGAGCUGCACCAGCGGGACGUCCUUUUGACCCAACUGAUUAACUGCACGAUCAAACUGUAUGGCAAUCCCAACACCCUGCGGCUGACCAAGGCUCGAGGCUGCACGCUGCUCUGCGGCCCGGUGUCCACCUCCGUGUUCCUGGAGAACUGCAGUGACUGCGUGCUGGCCGUGGCCUGCCAGCAGCUCCGCGUACACACCACGAAAGACACCCGCAUCUUCCUGCAGGUGACCAGCAGGGCCAUCGUGGAGGACUGCACCGGGAUACAGUUCGCCCCGUAUACCUGGAGCUACCCGGGGAUCGACACGGACUUCGAGGGCUCUGGUUUAGACAGGAACAAAAAUAACUGGAGCGACGUUGACGAUUUUAACUGGCUGGCCCGUGAUGUGGCCUCCCCAAACUGGAGUAUUCUUCCUGAAGAAGAGCGAAGGAUCCAGUGAGACUAAGCAGUUGUCACUCUUUUCUUCACUCCUACCAAAUACACUCCCUUGUGGGACUGACUCCAGCUAAUGGGACCCCAAAAUUUACUUCUUGUCACGCUGUCUGCUUUCAUUAUUUUAAGACUUUAGAUUGUGAUAGGCUCCUACUUUCGAUUUCCAUUAAAUUUGUGGCAGGUCUAGCACUUUAAAGAAUUUUUGCUAUUUUGGUGAUGUUUCGGAGCUUUUGUUUGACGGUGAUAAUUUGAAGCCAUAAGGGGAACAGAGUGUGGUUGUGUGUCGGUUUUUAAUGAUUUGUGGUGUUUAAAACUUAUUGCAGAAUAACGUAAGCCUUCAAUAAAUAUUUGUUUAAUAAACGAAUUCAGUAGGGCUAGUAGGAGCCAGUUAAUGUUGAAGUAAGGUAUCAAACGUGUUCAAACUGCCAUUAACCAAGAGCUUUUCUGAAUUGCAGGUUUGACUUCCAUACGUAUUUUUCAGUGGGGCAAAUGGAAAGACUCCUCUCUGGUCUUCAGUUACAUGUUAGCUUGGGUUUUUGGCAUCCAGCUAGUCAUCGACUUAUUUGGAUCCAAACUUUUGGCACGGACCCCAAGAGCCUCAUGAGUCUUAAUCACCUGUAAAGCCAAAAUAGUUAUAGCUACCAAUUUUUUGUGCACUUAAAAUGUUAUCGACACCAUUGUAAGCACCUUACUCAUGUAAGGUCCUCAAAAUAUUAUGAGGGUAGUUUCUGUUAACUCCAUUUUUCAAGUGAGGAAAUGGAUAAGUUGCCCAAAGGGCACACAGCCCAAGUGGUGGACUGGGAUUUGAAAUCAUGUAGUCUAGCUCCAGAGCCCACGUUCUUAACCUCUACUAGAUAUUGAUUUUUGAAUAGUGUUAAUUGAGUUGGAAAGAAAGCUUCCAAAAGUAAAGAAGGCAAAUUGCUUUUCUUAAAUUCUCAGGCAUAAUGGCGCUACGUAUCUAUCCUCAUACAAGAAGAAUUGAGGCAAACAUCUGGCUGAGUCUUAAUUUUUCCACUCAUUUUGCUGUAAUUCGCUACUGUUACAAAUUUGGCUUUCUGCUCUAUAUACUACCACUCAUUAUUCUUAAAUGGAAAGUUGUAAGAUUUUCAAAAAGCUUUUUUGGGUCUAGUGGCCUUGUAACUGUGGAUGUGCUUUUUAUUUAAUAAUUACCACAAGCAUUAAGGUGCUUAAAUAUCUCAAGUAUUUAUGUAUUUAAUAUUAUAUGUUCUCUUUUGUUCUGAAAAAGGAUAUAAAGUGGCUUCUAGGAUAUGUGAAAUGUAACAAGAUAAUAAAAACAAAUGACAAGGAGGAACAAGGGUAGAAUGAUGGAUUGGAGGCAGAAAUGAAGCCAAUAAAAAAAAUGUAAG